CACACUUGACUCGCAUUACAAAUUUGUAUUAGGGAGUCGCAAACGUUAGCUGCGCCAGAGUCGAUGAUCUGUGGGUGUACCUGACACUCGGAUGUCUUUCUAAUCGCCUCGGAUGUUUGUUUCAAUUAAAACCUAUAUGGAAAACUAACAUGAGUGGCUUUAGCAGACCCGGGCUACACAGGACCGCAUCUUUCAGCGGGGCAUCGCACCCUGGAGGAUUCAAGCAUGACUUGGAGAGAGAUUCUGGCUUCUCAGAUGCCAGCUCUGAGUAUCUCAGUGCAAUGGAAGUAACUGAUUCUGAAGAGGCAGGAAGAAAUGGGUCAAUGUUGGGCCAGCAGUCAGCUGGUCAGCAGGUGGCUGUGGUGGGAGGCCCAUACUCUGGACUGUCUCCAAUGAUCUUCAUGAACAACUUUGUCUUAAAGCAGCCCUCCUCUUCGGCUCCAGCAGAAAAGCAGUGGGGUUUUCCUUCCCACCUUGAUGUUAUGCCUCAGUCGCAAGUGGUUCUUUUUCAAUCAGUGAUGCCCAGCGGCAACAGCAACUCUCCAAAGCCCAGCCCCGAAAAUCUCAGACUAUCCAAAAACCGUGUGCCCUCUGCCAAGCCACAUCACCAAAAUGCCCCUCAUCCUGUGGACACAGGCACUGAAAGGGUGGGAUCCUCAAAGUUAAGGGCAAGAUCGAUGUCAGAGCAUGGCCAACGACAGCAGAGGCGUCACAAACUCUACAGCCCCCCCAGCCCGCUGCCCGGCCUGCAGACACUCGGCCAAAACGUUGAGGACUUUGAAGCAGCCGCCAACCACGUGGAGGCGGAGGACCACCAGGAGCAUCAGGAGCAGGUUCCCGAUGAGCCUUCGACUCCACAGGCUGGAAGCCGCUCCCUGCCUUUCUAUUUGAAACGGAGAACUGUGACGCCGCCAGACAAAAACCAGGAUGCCAUCACCACACACAGCAACAAACUGAAACGCUUCAGCAAUACCUAUAAUAUUCUCAGCAAGUCCGGCUUGUUGGGAAUCACAAUGCGCACAAAGCAGCUAAUCAAAGAGAAUAAGCGCACCCAGGGCCUGCUGUGCCAACUGCAGGAGCACACUGACCUGCUGUUGGAGGCUCUGAGCAGCGGAGACCCACAUCUGUGGACUAAACUCCAGCUCUCUCUGCAGAACACAGAAAAAGCACACUGGGGAGCCAAAGCCCACAGAGUCUUAGCACAAGCUAAGUUCCAGCACUUAUAAACCUGACUGCAGGAAAAAAAAGGUCAAAGAUGCUUUACAGAAUUUGAUCUAAUAGUUAAAAAAAACAAAAAUGCAGAUCUGCUUUGAAAAAAAAAGAAAAAGCACAGCUACUUCUCUAAAAGGAGAAUUUUUAAGCACGACAUUUACUUAUUUUCUUGCCUGUUUUUGCAGCAAAUAAUUCUUACAAUAAGGUUAUGCCUCAGAAUGUCCAACAGGUAGUCCUGGCAUGCCUUACAGUACACAAAAUAAAUAUCGAUUCAUCGAAUCCAUGAAUUGAUAUUCCUUUAAAGAAAUUCUUGUUUUUCUCUCAGGCAAAAAAAGUGCUUUCAGUUAUUGUUUAAUGUCAGAAAUGUAUUUCUUUUAUUCUUAAAAGUUCUGCUUUUCAGUUUAGAUCAUUAGUUAUGACAAAGUUGAUUUUUAUUACCAAAUAAAAUAGUUUUUGAAUGGAAA